UCUAUCUCCCCGCGCGCUGCUCCUCCGUCUGCGCCAUGGACUCGGACACUAGCUGUCUGCCUUUCUCUUCUCCUCAUCACCGCAGCACUCCAGAGCCCGCCUCGGCCGUGGAGCCUUCCUCCUCUUCCUCUUCUUCCUCCUCGGGCUCGGGCUCCUUCUUCCCCUGUGAGGGUCUCCCUCAGCGGUCUGGAUUCAUGCCGGACUUCCCCCUGAGCCGCUCCUCUCCAGCCAAACACAGCAAGUACGCGCCGAGCGCUCAGGAGGAGCGAAUAAGGAGCUUAACAGCCAACAGCAAGAGCCCCUUUUACCACGACAGCUCGGAGGGGGAGAAGUCUUUGUCCAAGCCUUUGGGUUAUCCAGUCCUGGAUACAGAAUGCUGUGGCAAACUGAAAGAGCCAUCAAGCGGGUUAAACCAGGGAGACUCCAUCGUGGACUCGAUCGACCUUUCAGGCAAAAACAAGAAGCGAAGGAACCGCACCACAUUCAGCACCUUUCAGCUGGAGGAGCUUGAGAAAGUCUUUCAGAAGACGCAUUAUCCAGAUGUCUAUGCGCGUGAGCAGCUGGCCCUGAGGACUGAGCUUACUGAAGCACGUGUGCAGGUUUGGUUCCAGAACAGACGGGCAAAAUGGAGGAAGCGGGAACGCUAUGGAAAGAUGCAGGAAGUGCGAAACCAUUUUGCUGCUACAUAUGAUAUCUCCCUCCUCCCUCGCACCGAUACAUACCAGAUGCAGAGUAACCUGUGGUCAGCAGGAUCAGGAGGUGGAGGCACUGCCAGUGGAGGUUGCGUCCUGGGCACAGAAAGCAUGUCCUCCUCGUGCAUGUCCCCUUACCCCCACCAUCCCCACUCCCACCCCCACGGCAACCUUCCUGGCCUAAUGAGCAUGUCCACAUCCCCUACUCAUCCUCCUCACCAUCCUCACCCACACCACCCCGGCAUCAACGGCCUCUACUCCCUGCACAGUUUUCAGGGGGGCCUGGGGGCCCACUCCUUCGAGCCAGGCCCCGAGUCUGACUACAAGCCUUCAGGUCUAGUGGCCCUACGCAUGAAGACCAAAGACCCUGGCAGCCUCUUAUCCUGGCCAACGUGACCAUGUGGCUGGGCCUUCAGCUAGGAAAUGACUGAGCCAACAAGUGAUCGUUGGAUACACACUGGCGUGUUUGUGCGUCAUAGAAAUUCAAACAUUGGAGACCCAGAGCUCACCGUCCAUCCUGUGUGAGGAACAGAUUUGCUUAUACCUUUUUUCCUACGUUUGCAGUUGUUAUAUGAAUGAAAAGUGCCUCAUGCUCUGUAUAUGCUGUUUUAAUAGUAUGUUUCCAUACGGAAGCAUGUAAUUGGUUGCUGUUAGUGUUUUAUAAAUAUGUGCUCCAGAAAUCCUGCCUUAAUGUCAAAGACUGUUUAGGAAUGUAUUCUUUGAUAUUGAGCAUAAUUGUAUAAACAUUAUAAGAACUGAUGAAAAAGAUGACUAAUCUCAUGUGUUCAGUGUAUGCUGAAUUUUUACAGUAGUAAGACAAUUAAUGAAUGGCUUUUAUAUCUUUUUUAUACUUCAUUAAUUUGUUAAUUUGGAGGAAGA